AUGGGACAGUUUCCAACUCCUGACAAUCCUGCGCGGUCUCGAUUGCAGAUGUCGCUUGACGAUGAUUUCGGAAGCAUACUCAACGAUCUUGGAAGUGAUAUUGACGCCGCAAGCCUCAUAAAUUUCCUCCGAGAUGUCUGCAAACGAGUAGGCAUUGACGAGUUACCACUACCGGUGGCCGUCAAUAAGCAGCAUAUCUACGAGCUUCUCCUGUCGGUCACAGAAAGCACCGAAGUGAUAAGCUGGAUGAAAGGGCUGAAGGGAACAGAUGCUGUGGUCACCACUGAGGCUGGUGCUACGGGUCAUCGCUUUAGAUGUCUGCUUGAUAUCAUUGCUGGCCUAUGUACUCAGAUGGAGACCCUCCCGCCUCUGUAUUGCUCGGUUCCGAUCAACGUGACGGACAAGGAUUGCAUCGAUCUUUCGGCUGGCUCUAUGGUAUACAAAGGCUCUUACAAUAGUGCCAAUGUAUCCGUAAAGGUCCUGCUAAUACCGGACAAGAGUCGGAUUCAGAAACGAGGCGAACAUAUUGAGGUACGAGCGACGUCGGAUCUAACGACGUUCGGUCAGAGCUUCAAGGUAGAAAAGGACUUACGAGCUUCAUUGAUAUCUCCCUGGGUGGAUAACGGGAAUCUGUACGACUACACCUACAAUUUCCGCGAUGCAAACAGGCUUCGCUUGCUUGUAGAUAUUGCGUCCGGAUUGGAAUAUUUGCAUAGUCUAGAUCUCGUCCAUGGUGACCUGAAAUUCAGUAGUAUACUGGUCACAAAAGAUCACCGCGUAUGUCUCACGAGCACCAGUCUCACACGUUCCACAUCAAAUCUUUUGAAGUCGACGCCAGAAUCAUGCGGGAACAAUAUGUGCAUGGUCGUACCCGAGCUAUACGAUCCUAAGCAAUUCGGCGAAGUUGACACUUGGGUCACCAAGGAAUGCGAUAUAUGCCUGCGACUAAGAGACAACUUCUCUAGAUGCUGA